CUUGACUGUUAAAACAUUGAACAAUGCCCCACAAUUAAUUGAAUCGCUGCAAACUAUCAAUCCGGAAGCCGGGCCGGGAAGUUCCGGUACGGGAAGUGGAAAUCGUGGGACUUUCGCGCUUUACGACUGUAUAGUUAGAUUGCAAACAACUACGCUUGUUGGUGUUGUUGGUGCGCAAGAACUUUACGAUUUGCCGCUGUGCCCAAAGACCUUAUCCAGAGGAAUUAAAGGAUGCAUCCAGAAGUGGAAGCCAUGGAUGUUGACGAGGUGCCGGAGAAUAUUAUCAAUUUAAAUACGAUCAAAAUACGGUCCCGCAAUGCUAACAGAAUUCGUAAUUUAAAUGCUUCACGUGCAACAAGAGACCGUAAAGAUCCAAAGUGCUUGAUGCGCACCAACAAAAAAUCCUCUACAGUGUGGCUGUUCCUUAAACUACUGCUGUUUGCAGUUUGUAUUGGUGCUUUCAUUGUUCAUCUGAGCAAUACCAAAGAGUUGGGUGAACAUUUGAAAAACAAUUAUUAUAAGGCGUACGAACGAAUGUCCCGACUGUACAACGAUCUCUGUACGAAACGUCGCGCUAACUUCACACCAAUCGUGGAAGCAAUCGCCGGUAAUGUUAUUGGGCAACAGCAUUUACACGAAGAACUAGACGAUUGGUUUCAAACCAUAGGAAAUUCUUCAUAUAGUUGCGCAUUGUUCGUGGGAGCAACUGGUGUGGGUAAAAGUUUCACGGCCAACAUCAUCGCAAAACAUUACCCAUACCCGAGGAAUGUUUUGCACUUAUCGAGUACGAAAUUGAAUGAUGAAAAGCAACACUAUGCAGCAUUUAAGAUGGCCGUGUUUAAGAUCCAGCAAGAAACAUUCCUUCGCGGCAAAUGCACGUACUAUAUGCUAGUGUUCGAUUACGUAAACCCCACCGAUAUGCCAUUCGUGAAGAAAGUGAGCGAUCGGUUGCGUGUAUUGAGCAACUCACAUCAUUUGAUACUGCAGGCACUAUUCAUAUUUAAAGGGACGGCAGACAAUCUGCAAAACGAUAUGAUCAGGCAAAUAAUUCCCGAGGCACGGCUCAUCAAUUUUGCCCCCCUUGGCAGAAACGAGUUAGAACACUGCAUCCGGCGUGAGGCGUCCAAGAUUGGUAUUGAUUUGCGCGACAAAGACUACAUCGUGGAGCAGGUCGCAAAUCACAUUAACGUUACACGGCACGGCUGCAAACCUGUGCGAGCAAAGCUGUUGUUGCAUUCUGGCUGAUUAAAAUACAUUUAAAAGCGAUAUGCCGAGAAGACGACGAGAUAAACGGGAUUUAAAUGUUGUAAACAAAAAUGCGCCACGUAAAUGUUCCUUACCUUCUCGAGUGCUGCCAACACUGUGUCGGGCAUGUGAUCUUGAAUCAUGACUGGCGAAAUGAGUACCUCAUCGAAAUCCUUAUUGUCAGCCCAAAUAGCUUGAUAGACUGGGUCUCGUUUUUUCAGCAUUUGUCUAGUGCGAUUAGAAUUGUAGUUACAAACACAGAACGGUUAUUAAAUUACAAUACAAUUCCGAAUAAGAUCUUAAACACAGUUCACAACACACCGAUGCAAAACGGACGAUACUUACUCCUCUUGGAUUGGAUGGUGUCGUACGAUAUGUAUGAUGCGACCAGGUGGAUAGAGUGGAUGAUGAAGUGUUAGUGCGAUAGAAUUAUCAUUCGGGUGUACCGUGCUUUGGCGCGCACUGUUGCGUUCCUGCUUGUAACGCUGCACGUUAGAAUCCUUCGUCGACAUCAUCAUGACGGAUGUCGGUUCCGGUCCACAGCAGCAACAGAUCGCGGAACAAGCGAUUGU